AUGGGCGCGGAGCCGUUCAGGGUGCACAGGACCUUGCACCCCGACCACCUGUGGAUCUGGCGGCCGGCUGUGUAUAUAGACGAGAACCAGCGCUCGUGGAUGCCCCUCAUCAUCGAGACAGAAAGCAGCCUCCAAGUGCUCCUGCGUCAGGAGGACAUCCCCCGUGGGGAGGCCAUGCGCCCCAGCCAGCUGCCCCCGAGCCUGCUGCCUUUGAUGUGGCAGCUCUACCCUGGCCGGCGGUACCGAGGCUCUGACUCCAGCUUCUGGCGCAUCGUGUACCACAUCGAGUUCAGUGGCAUUGAGGACAUGGUCCUUGAACAGCUGCCAGACCCGUAG